UCCUUAUCCAUCAUAUCUGUCUACUCUACUCUCCAUCUACUGAAUGAACUUGGGUUCUUUAAAUGUAAUUGUUGGUAGCGAGAGCUGAAGUGAUGUCUAGCUCAAGAUCUCAAAUAUUCUCCGUUUCUUCUGGUAAAGGGUCCAGCAAUGAUAACAAUUUAAAUGAUAACAACUCAGAUUCUUCCUAUCUUCCUGACAAUCAUAAAAGCAUAGGAGGAAAUCAGAUAGUUAAUGGGGAAGACUCAUCUGUGGCACAGUUUGAAGAUGACAUUGAGAAGUCUGUUCACCUUAAUCAAGAUGGCAGUAUGACAGUGGAAAUGAAAGUUCGAUUCAAAAUUAAGGAGGAAGAAACUAUUAAAUGGACAACCACUGUAAGUCGUGCUGGCUUUCCUGAUGAAAAAAAUGCCACCAUUUACAAUUCUGCGAUGAGUGCAGAAGACUGCUUAUCCAGUGUAAAUGUAUCAGAAUGUAUAAAACAAAAGGAUGCUCCAUUUUUGGACAGCUACGGUGAGGAACAAGAGUCAUUAAAGCAACUGCACACAGAAGUCUCAGAUAAAGAAUCAGAGUCUGAUUUAAAAAUGGAUGUUUAUAAUAUCUGUCAGAGGAACAAUUCUGCUGAUCUAGAUGUAAGCAAUGUUCCUGAGGAAAAUAUCAGACCUCAUUUUUAUAGGCCUCCCACCCCUGGGCCAAGACGUGUUAGAAAAAAGAAAGCAGUAGUUGAAAGUGUCACCGUAGUUUCUGAGAAAGAGGUUCAGGAGAAAACAGUGGGACAGUUUUCCUACAGUGAGGAAGUACAGAAUGGAGAAAAUACAUCUGAGUAUUGUAUGGUAGCACAAUCAAGCACAAAAAAAUCAAGUGUCAGUAAUCCAAAGAUUAGUGAGAUGAGUGACAAUGACUUAUUAAAACUUUCUUCAGAGAAUAAAAAAGAAGAAAUGCUUUUCAAUGUAAGGCACAAAAGUCAUGAUUUAAUCAGGACCACAGAUAAGGAGAUAUUAGAUGUAUCAGAUGAGCCUGAACUGGUACAGAAUGUAUUAGAGAAAUCAGUUAUGGAACAAGGUACAUAUAGUAGUUUAGUAUCAACCUGUAAAGCCAACAUUAGUGAUUUUAUGCCAUCAUCAAAAAUAUGCAAGGCAGCCAGGCCAGUUUCAGCAGACCGUAUUCAUGAGUUAUGUGAUAUAAAACAAAUAAGAAGAUCUCUCAGCUCUUACAUUAAAUAUUCAGAAUUUUCUCAGUCAGAAAAUGAAAAAAUAAAAUGCAAGACUUCUGAUUUAUUAACUUUUUCUCAAGAUUCUUUGCAUUCAGCCUGUCAUCAUAAUCAGAUGGAGAUGGUGGCACCUCCAUGUAGUAAAGCACCUACUGAGAAAAUAAAUCCAACAACUGGAUUCUUUUCUACUGUUAAUGAAACUGAGAAUCAAAUCAAUGUCUGGUCUGAAUCUGUGAUGGCAUCACAUCUGACUGGGGAAAGCCAAUCUGCAUCUUCUCUCACCAACAAGAAGAAGAAGAACAGAAAAUCCUUGUCCAAUUUUCUAGAGCAGAAGAUAUAUGAAAAUCAAAAAGAUACAGAAUUUUCAGGGAUAAUCAGAAGUGAGGGAAUGCUUAUCACAAGCAAAACAACAACUACAGAUAGUUGUUCUGACAUGCUUCAGAAAAAUAGAAAUAGAUUACUUGUAAAAAACAAUGAAGGAUUUGCCAAUUCAGACAAAAGCAAACAUCCUGAAGAUGAGAUAUAUCACCCUGAUUCAGUGGAACAAAAUGGAAUAUCAUCAUCUAACAAGAAACUAAGAGCUAAUAGACAAUUGACUGAGGUAAAAUUGAAGUCAGGCAAAAAAAGUAGUUCCCUUUUAUCUGCAAAAAGUGAAGAUGGCGUAAUGUCAGUUGAUUCAAGAACUGAAACUGAAAACAGCCAGGAUGAAUUGAGUCCUGCAAAAGAAGGCAAACAUCUCACAACUAAUUUCUUUGAACAGACACCUAACUCAGUAACAAUAUCAAAUGUGUUGUCAGAAGUGCCUAUGGAUCAUAAUGUAGAAAAAGAAAAGGAGAAUGUUUUAGAAAAUUUAGCAUCAAAGAAAGAGAAAAAACAAAAGAAGAAGAAAAAUCUAAGUAAAAAUAAAAAUAAAUUAAGUAUGUCAGACAGUGCUAUCACACUAGAGGCUCUGAAACAGGAGUAUUUUAAAGAGGAUGUUGUUGAGCAUUCACUUGGAAACUAUGUCCAAAGUUGGCUGAAAAACCUGUCACCAAAUGCUGUCUUGCCACCCAUAAACAAAAAAGAUGGGAAUGUAAACAAUGGUGACGACUGUCAUUUUUCUAAAGAAAAGAUUGGUGCUUUUAUAGAUCAAGAAGAUAGAUAUAUUACCAAUGAAGUACAUAUGAUUGGAAAGAAACACCUGUUUGAACAUAAUCUAUCUAAGAAAGAACUAAAGCCUCUUUUUGAAUUGGGAACUGUACAAGAAUCAGCCAAACAGUCAAGUGGAAAGCAAACUGACUCUUUGACUCAUGAUAACACAGCAUUAGUAGAAGAAGCCAAGUAUUUACUACAGUCAGAACUUCAUCAUGCUAGUAAACUACACUUGUUUCAUGAAACACAUGUCAAUAAAAAGGUGUCAGAAGGUAAUAUUCAAGACAUCAAUCUAUGUCAGAGAAAACGAUCUGAAGUUGCUGUUCAAGUUGAUUGUACAAUUGGCAAUGAGAAAAUUGGAACAGAUGUUCAGAAUAAUUGCAUGUCUAGUAUUUUGCUUCAUGAGUUGCAGUCAACUUUGCUUGGUCUCCAGAAAGAACACAGUGGAUGUAUAGAAAAAACAUGCAAUCUUCCAGAUCUUUCUCUGCCAGUUUUUGGUUCUUCCUCCAACCUCCUCCUAGCAUGGCUACUAAUACUGAGUCUGAGAGAGAAUUUGAUUGGCACCAUCAAAGAUGAUAUUCAAAAAGCUCCCUGUAGCUGUUCUGAAAUCUUAACGCAACUGCAAUUCUUGAAACAAGCAACAGUCUUAGAAAAAGUUGAUGAACUGAAGGCUGCUUUCUCCCAUUUUCAACAGAUAAUCCCAACAAUCCCAAUCUCCCAACAAUCAACAGAUAAUAAUUUAUUACACGCUGGGAAGGAACAAAGAAAGCAGGAUGUCACAUGUUGCCAUGAAAAUAUGCCUAUAUCUGAAAUUCAUAAUGUUAUACAUUUGCAUGAAGAUGAAAAAUCAGAUAAGCCUUGUAUUGCAAAGGACAGUUUGCAUACUGAAGAAGUGUUAACAUUGUCUGGGGGUUUAGAAAGCAGUCCUGAUAUACAGGAAGAGGUUUGUAGAGCAACAGAGGUUUCAGAAUUGAGUGCUCCCAGAACAGAGCUAGAUGAUCAAUAUGCCAAUACUAAUUCAACUGAACAUAGCCUUCCAUCAGCUAUAGAGCUACCUGAAGCAAAUGAAGAAAUGGCUUAUAGCCUGCAUAAAAAACAUCAAGAUAACACUGAUGCAUCAUUCAUUAACGAAGGGUCAGAUACUUCAAUAGAACCUAAUUCAACAGUUCACAGUGUAACUUCUAAUGAUAAAAAUUUUGUUUCAGAUAAGGAUAUGUCUGAGAUAGAAUGUGAUGAAGAUAUUACUCAUAUUACUACUGAUAACAGGGAAGAUGAGAUAGUUGAUCCAAAUUUGAAUGACGAAAAAGCAAAUAACCAACUCAAACAAGGUGCUGAUACCCAUGUAGAAUAUAGUUACGAGGAUUAUUCUGUACAGGAAGGGAAGGAAGACACAGAAAUUUGUGAAGAAACCUCUGAGAGGUUAUCUACAAACUCUCCAUUAUCUUUUUGUUAUGAAUCCAAGCAAAUUACAGAAUAUGAUAUGAGUGAAGGAGAACAGAAAUUGCAAGUAGAAGAACAGGAGAGUAGAACAUGUUCAGAACCUUCUCAAUUAAAAAAAUGUUUAAAAAGCCCUGCUACUUCAGACUGGUCAGAUUACAGACCAGAUACUGAAGAGAGCGAUUAUAACGUUAGAGCAUCCAGUGAUUUGACCAAUGAAAGUGGGGACGAAGCAAUACUUGAAAAACUUUAUAAUACUGGCUACGUACAAAGAACUAUUGAACGACUUUAUGGUAAGACAGAAGCUUCAUUUAAGCCUGACUUUCAGAAAGGAUAUCCUUAUAUGUCCAAAGUACUUCAGAAAGAUACUGAAGAAUUCCACUCUGCAAUGGUAACAAAAAACACUAUUUUUUUCCAAGAACCCAGGCCUCUUUCUGCAGAUAAUUUUUCACAUUCUUCACUGCAAUCACAAGAAUUUCCAGAAAUCAUUAACAAAGAUGAUACUGUAUGGAAAAGAGAAAAUAUUUCUUCACCAACAGAACAACCUACAUUUAAUGGAGAAGAGACAAAUUCUACUGAUAACUAUUCAGGAGAAUUUCUGAAGAAACAUUGUCACUCUUGUACACAUUCUAAAGAAGAUGCAGGAGUAUUGAUUGAUAAAGGCAAAUGGCUUCUCAAAGAAAAUCAUUUGAUAAGAAGAUCGCCGCCUGAGCAGACUGGAAUGUAUGCCAAUUUGGAUACAACAUCAACAGACACAGUACUUGAUACUAAUGGUGAUGAUGCUCCAUACUCACAUUUUGGCAAUCUGAAUCAGUACCCAAUCCUCAAUGAAAUCUCUUCUUCUGAGCUUGAAGACAUGGCAAGACCCUCUAAAAAUUUUUGCAACUACUUCAAUAUGCCUCACAGCAGUGAUUCAGACCCUUUACAAGAUGACUUAUGUGCAAAAAGCAAACCUACCUUCAGUGGUAAAACCACUUCUCUUCCUGUAGGAAACAAAGAAAAGAUCAAACCUUCAGCCACAGAGGUGGAUACCAAUUUUCCAGCUUUUGCAUCUGUAGAAUUUAGAUUGCCUGAUAACAAGGUGCAUCCACUGGAGCAGCCUUUGAAUGAUGAACCCAUACAAUCUCAGCCAACUGAUGAUAGCAAUGCUAACAGAAGUGCUCUUCAGGAAGAAGAUUCUCUGGAUAAGCUUCAUGCUAUAUGUGGCCAACAUUGUCCAAUACUGAUGGUGAUGGUAACACCAGUUAAUGAGGAACAAAGAGGAUAUGCUUACCAAAAAGCAUCUGAUAUUGAGAACCAGCUAGGUCUAUGUUUGACCAAAAAUAUUCAACAUUUGCAAUGGUCAGGCAAAAGUUUAGUAACAAAUGAAAAUAAUUGUGUGAACCUGAAGAACAACUUAAUCAAUAAGAUUGCCAAUAGUAUUUUUAAUAGGUUUAAUGCUAGUAACGCCCUAGAUUUUAUUAGUAACAUUAGGAUACUGUCAUCUUCAACUCUGAAAAAUGAGAUAAAUUUAGAGAUGUUAGAUAGCAUAGGGGAUGUGAAAGCAAAGCUUAUGGUAAUUAGCAGUUGUCAAAACAGUGUAUCCAAGCACAUACCCAGUAAUCGUACUGUAGGCACAAAUAAUGAGCCAUCCAAUACAAAACCAAUAAUGUGCCAAACAUUAAAGAUAAACAGAAAUUAUAUUGUUGGAGAAAAAUUGUCUCCCACUUUAGAGGAUCCAGUAGAAACUUGUCAAUCUGAAAUAUUUCUGAAAUGUGACACUCCUUUAAAUAAUAUUGAACAUAAUGCCUCUGAAAAUAUAAAAAAUGAAAAUGCCUUUCCUACAGAAGAUGAAGAAAAAAAGGAGGAAAAAGUUUGCAUUUGUGCAAUUGAGAAUGGAUGCAGCAAAUGUAAGAUGCGUAAUAGUGAUCUUGGAAGUUCUGUAACAUCAGAUCAGUGACAAUGUCUUCCUUAAAAAUGUUCAGAAAUUGAACCACUAAAUGUCACAUCCAAUGAAACUCCCAGUAAGAAUACACACAAAUAAAUAUGAAUCACAAUUGUGUACAAUUGCUGAAAUACAGGUAAUUGUUUAGAUUUUUUUUUGUCUGGAACAUUAUAGAAAAUAAAAAGAAACUGUUCUAUGAUGAUAUCUUGGUUAAAAAACUUACUUCCCCUAAAUGUUGUUUGUAUUAGUAAUAUACCAACCUCUUUAGAGAAACAACUACUGCUUGUUGCAGCAAAGAGUUAACAUUUUAAAUGUCUUCUUAAGUUUUAAAUAAGAUGUCUGUAUUUCGUGAAAUUUGAGAAAUGGUUUGAUAAUUAUCAUUCAGUAUAAAUGCUUAGUCCAGAACUAAAUCAACUAUAAUGUUUACUUUGAAAGGAAACGUAGGAAAUACUUUUCAAAUACUGUAUGUAUUGCAAUGAAAAGUAGGAAUUAGUAGUCAUAUUAGUUUUAUAUAUAUGAAUGUUAUCUAACAGCUAUUUCAAUUUUUUAAGCCAAAUUCAGAGUAAUUAGGUGAGUAAAGAAGUGUUUCAGUCUAUUUAUAGGAAGAUCCAGACUCCAAGUGAAAUUUGCCUCUUUUAUCCUAUCUAGUAGAAUACUAGAAAAGGAUCAUACCUACUCAUUACAUAGGAUUGCACAAGAACUGUGAAAGGGAAAUUGUGCAUCAAUGGACUUCUUGAUUGCCGUUGCCAUAUUCCCUUCAGAGGCAGCAUCACUUACUCCUAAAGCUGUUCUACAUACUUUACAAGUGUUAACUGUGUGUUCUUUUUUUUACCCUCUGUAUUAUGUUAUCUAUUAUGUCGUCUUCUUUUAUUCUUCUUUCUAUAAAUAUGGAGUACUA